AUGGGUCCUGAAGUGUACUUAAUAAAUGAGGUUGAUGGUGAGGCUGCAGAUGUUGUUCCAUUAGAAUUGGAACUUAAGAUACCUGUUGAUAAUAUAAGUUUAUCUUCUUCUGUGUUUAGUAAUUAUUGCUGUGUGGCUUUCUUGACAUUACUUGACGUAAAUAAUACUCUGCAACCUGAAAUUGGUCAUUCAAUUUUACCCUUGACGAAUAUGAACGGAUUUUUAGUAUCUGAAUAUUUACGGUUGCUUAUAAUGGACUCCAGAUCUAUAACAGAAUAUAUAGACAUGAAUUCUCAAUCAAUUUUGAAACUUUUGUAUAGUGCUUCAUUGUUGAUGGAAUUUAAAGAAAAUAAUAUCGAUUUAUAUGAGCUGGAUAAUUUAAAAAUUGUAGGCAUAAUGCACAUAUCUCUAGUUGAUACAAAAAAUGAACCAAGGCUACUAUAUGGUCAGGAGAUAUAUAAUAAGAUAGAUGCAGUAUAUAAUCCAAGUGAAUGCCAUAUUUCACUACUAUUGAACUCACUAAACAAGCUGUUCCUACUUGGGAUAAGGAACCCAAGUUGGGAUUCGCUUUGGAAAUUUAGGAAAUACAAGUCUCCCAACAAAAAUUUGGGUAUAGAGAAUAUACUACCUUUUUUGAAUGGAAUGAAAAGAAUAAUGUAUUUAAAUAGUCGAUGUUAUUUGAAUUUAUCUCCUAAUCCUAUCAAUAAAAAGAGAAUAGAGUUAAUAUUAAAAGGUAUUUAUUUGGAAUAUUUUGACAAGCCCUUAAAUAUUUCUGAAUAUGAUAAAGAAUUUUUGUGGAAUAAUAGAUAUUUAUUACCCUCUAUAACAAGUGCAUUCCCCCUAUGGCUUCGUUGCUUGGAUUUACAUGAUGAAACCAUUUUAAAAGAACUCAAGAAUAUUAUAGAUAGGAAACUGCAGAUUUUGUACAGCCCUUGUAACAGUUCUAUGAUUCUCAGUAUUAGCGAUUGUUUGAACCUUUUGUCACGGGACUUUAAGAAAUUUCAUUUUUUACGAAGCUUUUCAAUAGAGAAUCUCCACUUCUGCUCGAGUAAGGAGUUGCACACUAUUCUUCCCCAACUGAUACAAUCCUUGAGAUACGAAACUUCGGACCAACUGGCCUCAUAUUUGAUAAAAUCAGUUUUAAAUGAUAUGAGGCUCUGUAUUGAGUUUUUCUGGCUUUUAUUCUCAGAAGUUUCAGGUGAGGGUUGUUCUGUGUUUCUCUCAACUAUCUUUAAGCUACUAGAUGAACUAACUAAGUUGGCUUUAACAGAAGAAUCCAAAUCUCAAAAUUAUUGUUUAUACCAUCAUAGUCUUGAGAUAAUGGAUGUAUUGAUUCAUCAAAUGCAAUUUAGGACCACAAUAUUAUGGAUACAAAGGACUUGUAUAGAGGAUAAUCGUAGAGAUAAAGUAGACAAAAAAACUCAAAAAUUUCAACGGGUUUUACAAAGUUUUGAGAAUGGUCAAAAACUAGAUUUCCCUGAUCUACUUUAUAUAAAUCCACCCUCAGUAAAUAGAGUUGCUGUAAAACUUGUGCUAUGUAUGAGGAAAUUAUUAGAAAAGGAAUUGGAAUACAAAACCUAUUGCACAAAUAUGAACGAGUGCUGCAUGAUUGAUAAGAACCUUCACUCUUCUUAUAUUAUAUGGCGAAGUGAAAUAAGUGAAUUUGACAAGAUAUCCAAUCUUUUACACGAUGACAUAGAAAAGUUGGGAUUUCCAAUUUUGAAUAUAACAAACUUGGGAGAACCACUCCCACUUCCAAUAGAUAUUAAAAAGGCAUUGAUCUGCAUUGUUCCUAGUGAUAGUUUUAUUCUUAAGUCUUCACUCUGUCCGUUCGUCUUGUCAUGUAGAAUGGCAAUAAAAAGUGAUUUAUGCCCACGAGAAAGUGAUAGUACAGUUUAUAAAGAUCUAAGUAACAAAACAGAUAAAUCAAAUCUAUCUCACUCAAUUUACCAAGUUAUUGAGGGUCGAUACAUGUACAAAGUAGGAGAUGAUCUUCGUCAAGAUAGUCUUGUAUUACAACUACUCCAAGCUUCAAGUAUAUUUCUGAAAGAUUGGAACUUUGACAACUUGAUUACUCUUUAUAAAGUCCUUCCAUUUUCUUGGAAUGAUGGUAUUAUUGAGUUUUUAGAUGGUGUAGAUUCAAUUGGAAAUCUUAGGAAAAAAUAUGGUAGAAAUUGCAUUUUACAAUUUUGGGCAUCAAAGUAUCGCACCAGAACUGAUGACAUUCCAUUUAAUGUUAUGAAUAACUUUAUAAAUAGUUGUGCUUUCUAUAGUGUUGUAACAUUUAUACUUGGUAUCGGAGAUAGACAUCUUGAUAAUUUACUUAUUGAUGUAUAUGGUCACUUUUUCCAUGUAGAUUUUGGAUAUAUUUUUGGUGAAGAUCCUAAGCCAUUUCCUCCCCCAAUGAAAGUAUGUACAGAAAUGAUUGAAGCCAUGGGUGGAUUAGAUUCCUAUGGGUUCAAACUAUUCAUAGAUAAGUGUUGUGAAUUAUAUCGUUAUAUUAGACGAAACUCUUGGUUCAUUUUUAAUAUUGUAUUAUUGAUGAUAGAUAGUGGAAUUAAAGAUUUAAAUCCAAGGUCCACUACAUCCUAUAUUCAAAUCUUAGAUAAAAUAAAGGAAAAAUUCCAACUUAAUAAGUCAGAAAUAACCUCAGAGAACUAUCUUAGAGAGAUCAUAAUUAGCUCGUCAAAGGCUCUAUUUCCUGCUGUUGUCGACACACUACAUGAUUGGGCCUUAUAUUGGGCAUGA